AGUGGGUCAAAGUGGGUCUUUUGUCCAAACCAGAGAUAGAGAGGCAGCCAAAUGUCCCACCCUCACCUUAGAGAUCCGGCCAUUAAGCUCUUCGGCCGGAAUAUUCCCUUGCCGGCCUCCAAUAGUCCGCCGGAUUCCGGUUCCGACUCUCUUAUUCCGGUGGCUCCCCAAUUCACGGAUGAAUGUAGAGAUGAAACUAAAGAAGAAAUGGAGGAUAGUGUCGAAAAGUCUUGUGAGCAGGAUAUUUUAUCCGAAUUCGAUGGGAAACAGUUCAGUCACCAAAAUCCUGGCCAAGAGAAUGAGGCUGCUGUAGUAGAUCAUAACAGUGAAGAAGACCAAGGUGCUGAAACCGAUAAAACUAGAAAGGAGAAGGCCCUUAAAAAGCCAGACAAGGUUCUUCCUUGUCCUCGCUGCAACAGCAUGGAAACAAAGUUUUGCUAUUUCAAUAAUUACAAUGUUAAUCAGCCUAGGCACUUCUGCAAGAAUUGCCAUAGAUAUUGGACUGCCGGUGGCACAAUUAGAAAUGUUCCUGUCGGGGCUGGGCGACGUAGGAAUAAGCAUUCAUCUUCCCAGUAUCAUCAGGGAGCAACAAACUCUGAUGCAACAGCAGUCACCCAGGGAGGCACCAAUGGCGGUGACAGCCAGUCUCUGUCAUGCCUUCCUGCCUCUCCUAGAAUCGUCAGUGGGAACCAGGAAAUGGUAAAAUUAGUAUCAGAUACUCCUCUGUAUGAAUCUAUGGAAACUAAGCUUAACCUCAGAGACCAAAAGAGAACAAAUACUUGGUCUGCAGCUUAUGGAGAUGGUUGUGAGGAGCCGUCAUCAUCCAGCUGUUCCAUGGCAACCACUACUUCACAGGAUAAUGGAUAUCUGGGAAAAGAUGACAGCAGUGCUGUGCAUACGAAUCCAACACCGUGCUAUCCUGUAACUGUUCCUCACUGGGCAUACCCUUGGAACCCAGGUUGGAGCAUUAUGAUGGUUGGGGCUAAUAGCAGCAAUCCAGGUCCUUCCGUUAUGAGUUCUAUGCCUGCGAUGACAGCUCCUGGCUUCUGUGCACCGAACAUCCCUUUUCCGUUUGUCCCUGCCCCAUAUUGGGGCUGCGUACCAAGCUGGGAUUCCAGAAAAUGGAUUUCGCCAGUUUCACCUUCAUCUUCCACUAGCAACAGUGGUUGUUCGGGUAGUGGCUCGCCAACCUUGGGAAAACAUUCAAGAGAUACGAAUAUGCAGGCAGAAGAAAAGACAGAGCAGUGCCUUUGGGUACCCAAGACAUUGAGAAUUGAUGACCCAGAUGAGGCUGCAAAGAGUUCUAUAUGGUCUACCUUGGGUAUUGAGCCAGAUACGAAUCAGCCUGUUGGGAGAGGUGGUAUUUUCAAGGCUUUCAAACCCAAAUCAGAUGCUAAAUCAGAUGCAAAAGACGAUGAUCACGUUUUGCAGUCAAACCCAGCAGCUCUUUCUCGCUCUCGUUCUUUUCAGGAGAGCACAUAAGAGUUCCGGUCUGAAAUGGAGGUUACAUUUAUGUUGUUUGUCUGCCUGGUCUGGCGGUUUAGCUAUCGAAUGAAUGCACAGAAAUUCUCUUUUGCAGCUCCUACACGAUCUUACUGCAGUUUUGAAGGCGAUAUGAUAAAAACUAGUUGGAAGAACUAUCUGAUUUUUUUGCUAACUCGUAAAUAAAGGUAUGCAACAUUGCUGCUAAAGAGCGCGAGCUGUACUGUAAUUGUGUUUGAGAAUUUGAGUUGUUGAAGAACGGAAAAGUUUAUUCACUCUGGGAAAAAAAAAGGUUGAAGAAUGGAACAUAUUACACGGAAA